UGUGUGUGUGUGCAGCACUCGGGGUGUGGGCGCAGGGCGGGUUCGCUCUAACUUUGCCGUCACCUCCGCCUGCAGCCCCGCCCGCCGCUCAGUUCCCCGCACCUGAGACAGGUGCCGCCCGCUCCCAGCAGCUCCCGUGUCCGCCCGGGAGCGGCUCCGGCUCCGGCUCCGUCCUGCCGCGAGCGCUGGCCCAUGGCGCAGGAGGGGACGGGGCUACCGCCGCCCGUGGGCGCGGAGCCGGGGAGCCGGAGCCAGGCGGGGGCAGCCGGCGGCAGCGCCGGGCGGGCGGAGCCGGAGCGCGCUGCGGGGCUGGCCGCGGAGAGCUGCCCGGAGCACGGGCUGGAGCUGGGCUGGUUCUGCGCCGCUCACCGCCGGCUGGUCUGCGCCCAGUGCGCCAGGCUGGGCGGCUGCCGCGGCCACCGCGUGACGGCGCUGGAGGAGAAGGCUGCGGACCUGCGGAAUAAAAUUGUGGAUCAGUGUGAGAAGCUCCAGCUGCAGAGUGCUGCGAUCACCAAAUACGUGGCCGAGGUGCUGCCGGGGAAGAACCAAAGUGCUCUGGGCGCGGCCAGCUGGGCCCGGGAAGUGGUGAUCCAGAGACUGAUCUUUGUGAGAAAUGUGUGUGAGAACGAAGAGCAGCGACUGCUGGAGAAGGUGCACGCGGAGGAGGAGAGGACUCACCAGAGCAUCCUGACGCAGCGAGCUCACUGGACCGAGUCCCUGCAGAAACUGGCUGCCCUCCGCACCUACCUAGUGGACAUGAUCACCAACCUGGAUGACCACGGCCUGGUGCACGCGGAGCAGGAGAUCUUCGAGAGGACAGAGGCAGCGGAGGGAAUCCUGGAGCCGCAGGAGUCCGAGAAGUUAAACUUUAAUCAGAAAUGUGUUCAGAGUCCAUUACUGCACCAGCUGUGGGCCUCUGCUGUUCUCAGCUGUGCCACAGGUUUGGAAGAGGUUCACGUAGAUGAGAAAACUGUCAGCCCUCUGCUGGCCCUGUCUGAAGACAAGAAAACCUUGGCAUUCAGCCCCAAGAAGACAAAGCCCUAUCCAGACUGCCCCGAGCGCUUCGAUCACUGGCCCAAUGCCUUGGGCAAUAAGGCCUUCCACAAAGGGACCCACGCCUGGAGGAUCAGCGUGGACAAAAGCUGCGCGUACAAAUUGGGCAUUUCUUAUGGCUCCUUGCAGCGCAAAGGGGCUGGCAACGCAGCCCGGCUGGGCUACAACCCCUUCUCCUGGGUGUUCUCGCGCUAUGAUAAGGAGUUCCGCUUCUCGCACAACAGCCAUCAUCAGGUGGUGGAGCUAGUCAAGUGCCCCGCGCAGGUGGGUGUCCUGGUCGACUUGGAUGGGGGGGAAGUGCUGUUCUACGACCUUACUGCCUGUGUCAUCCUCCACUCGCACCGUGAAGCCUUUACUGCACCUAUCUACCCCGUGUUUGCCGUGGCUGACCAGAGCAUCUCCCUCGUUCAGUGAACGAGGCCUGGCACAGGGGCAGCAGCUCACCCGCCAGCUCUGUGCGGAAAAGGGGGAGCUUUCUGCAGAGACGCACAAUUUGGCACACCGCCUGCUGGAUCUUCAGUCACUCCAAGCAGCCAGGAUGGGGCUGGCAGCCUGAAUGCACGGACACCUUAUGUCCAGGGUGCCAGGGGGACCACACUGAGAUUGCUCAAUCAGGGCAAACUGCAACGAAUGGGGCAGACGAUCCCCCAAACUGGAGGUUAUUUCUAAUAAUUAGAUUCACCAAUCCAGCAACAAAA